AACCACUCAAGGGGCUAAGUUGUCUAGGCAGCCUGCCGUCAAAUUUCCCACUUCCCGAAGAUAUCCAAGCAGUUCCUCGCUGUGUUUAUAACAGUUUUCAUCCGAUCAAGCAGAUAAAUGAACGUGUGUCAGGGGCGGAACAAAUACAUGAUCUUGAAUGACAGAACAUGAAACUAAAGCCGAGUUGAUUAAGCCACCAUUGUUUAGUUCUACUGUCAUAUCGUUAAAAGCACUUUAUUGCCAGAUCCAUCUGUAUUUGUGUAAAGAAGAUGACAUUUCGGCCGAGAGGGGAAGUAACAUUGCGACUUUGUCACCAAAGAAUGUCAGAAAACCGAAGCUCGUAUGACCCUGUUUGGCAAAACAACCCUACUGAUGUGUGGUUUUGGGCUGUCCGUACCAUCCUGUUAGUAGUGUCUUUGCUUGGGAAUGGGCUUGUCGUUGUCCUUAUCGUAAAACGCUCAAGAUUGCACACCUCGCCUAACUGGAUAAUCUGCUCCCUUGCCAUCGCGGAUCUCUUAGUGACCGUGGCCAUCGGAACAACCGAGAUGUUAUGCACGCUAAACUAUUGUACAUUCAGUUGCAACUGGUGGAUCUUGAAUGUAUUUUACGACAUGGCGGUCAUCGCUUCUGUGUUUAAUCUCUGUGCGCUGACCUAUGAUCGCUUUUUGGCCAUAGUUCAUCCCCUGAAAUAUCAACUAGUGAUGACGAGGACGCGAGUUUUUAUCCUGCUUUUAUUUGCAUGGGGAACAGCCAUCGCUGCGCCGCUCCCAUCUUUUGCUAGUCAUCUCCUUGGAGACUACAAAUCCUAUCGUGCCUUCCAAAUCCUUUUUCUAUUUUUCUGCGAGUUUUUGCCAUCUGUUUUGCUACUCGUAGCUUACGUUACCAUGGCGAACAUCGCUCGUCGUCAGGUUGUACGAAUUGAACGCUACAGAAAAGCCUUAAAGUUUAACAAUCUACAUAGAUGCUCCGUCACAAAGGCUCCCUUUCGGGUGCAAAAAAUCAACUCCAAUGUUCAAAUCAUUGGUAUUCUUGUUUUUAUCUUCAAUUUGUGUUUUCUGCUUGCAGUCUACAAAGGAGUUAUCAAUUAUGUGUUUUUCAAGCCUGUUUCACCUGCUGUUAUUUCAAUUACGAGAAUUCUUUAUCAUUUUAAUUCAGCUGCAAAUGGAUUAGUUUAUGCAAUUUUCAAAACCGAGUAUAAGCAGGAAAUAAAACGGCUCCUUGGAGUAUGGAGCGGCGCUAAAUGCAAACCAUGGAUGUCAUGCGCAGUUUAACGUUCUUACAGUGCGCAAAUGACCAGAAUAGAAAUUUCAUCGCGCAUUUAAAAUAAACUCUCUCACAUAAACUCUCUAUCCCGUUAGCAAACUGUCUACUUGAGAGAUUGUUGUGAUAAGUAGACAGUUUUACCGACGAGCAGAGUUUCUGUUUCUUCUUUCUCUGUUUCUUUUUUCUGCCUUUAAUUUCUUGCGCACCGGUUUGCUCAAAGGUAGCGUCAACCGUGUAAUGCUUUAUUUUAUUAUUUCCUAUUUAUCUAUUAUUCCUUUUUUUAUUAGUUUGAAGUUAUAAUGCACUAGUCAUUUGAACCCCCCCCCCCCCCCCCCCCCCCACCCCAUGGUCCCGGGGAAGUGUGGGGUUAAGGUGGGGGUUUAAAGCACUCUUGAACGAGAAUCUGUCCCGAGGGGGUGGGGGAAUUGACAGUUUUUGACUCUAAGACUUAUCCCCACCGUGGGGGUUUGGGACAAGUGAAUAGUGUCACAAAUAUCAUGUUAGUUUCUGGCUUGAGACUCUUUUUCUUCUGUAGCGAGCAAUUCCAUGUAUCAGCAUGUGGCAUGCUGUACGGCGACAUGUGCAAAAACGAAUAUAAAAAAAAAAAUGCCAGAUGAAGAUGAUUUAUUUUUCCAUCUUUUUUGUAAAACUGUUAUCUUCAUAGUAAUUGGUAAAAAUGUACUCGCUGAAGUGUACUGGCUUUGAAAGAUAAAAAAGCUUAUUCCAGAUGACCUGUUGUCGGGUAGUUGCCUGAAGUUUGCAUCCCAAAGGGGUAGGGGCAUUUAACAGCUGUUUUGUCCCGAGGGGGUGGGGGCUUUUCUCGGUUUUGUACAGGGUCAAAGUCUAACCCCCCAGCCUUCACCGGGACCAUGGGGGU